GGAAAUAAAUUCACUUCUCUUCUCCACUUGUGUCCAUUGUCUUUCUUAUCUGUUCUAAAAAUUCUCUGUUUGGUGGAAAUGAAUUCCAUUCCUUUCUCCAUUGUUACAUACAUACCUUCAAAGCAGCCAUUGUUACACUGUACCAAAACUUCCCAAACAACAACAGAUCCAAUUCCACAUUUUAUCAAAUCCUCAAUACUCUCGUCUUCUUCGAAAUCUGUGAAUAAACUCGCAGAAAAAAUUAGUCCAUUGCCUUCUUCGUUCAGUAGAAGAGAAACCCUAAGUGCUUGCGGUUUGGGUUUUUCGGCGGUUUUGUUCGAGGCUCUUUUGCAGCCACAGUCGAAUAUUGAAGCAAUUGCUGAAGAAGCUGCAGCUACGGAAUGUGAGUUCACAGUUACACCUUCAGGUCUUGCUUAUUGUGAUAAAGCUGUAGGUUAUGGACCUGAAGCUGUUAAAGGACAAUUGAUCAAGGCACAUUAUGUAGGUAAACUGGAAAAUGGGAAGGUCUUCGAUAGCAGCUAUAAUCGUGGAAAGCCUCUUACAUUUCGCGUUGGUGUUGGCGAGGUUAUUAAAGGUUGGGAUCAGGGAAUUCUAGGAGGUGAUGGUUUUCCUCCAAUGCUAACUGGAGGAAAGCGUAAACUGAAGAUUCCUCCAGAACUUGGAUAUGGGAUAAGAGGAGCUGGCUGCAGAGGAGGUACGUGCAUUAUUCCUCCAGACUCAGUUCUACUGUUCGAUGUGGAGUUCGUUGGCAAGGCGUAGGUCUCAGCUAUAGAGAAUGUUACAAACUAUAUAAAGUAAUUUUGCGAGGAACCAGCAAGGAUUGUGGUGAAGUGGUAAGUAUUCAUUCAUCCUUAACUAACACCAUCAGGUUCAAGUCCCCUAGGGUAUGGAAGUCGCCUUUUUUAGGAAGCGUUUUACCCAAUGGGACUUCCCAGCGCGAAUCUAAAGGUACGAAAGUCGCCUUUGUUGUAGAACAUUUUACCCCAAUGUAAAAUUUUCCGGCACAAAUCCAAAUUUAGUAAUCAAACUAAAGGGCUCUCCCUAUC